UACCAGCGUCAUUGGAUUCCCGACACAAAACACCAAACCCGCUAGAUUUGAAAAUAGUUGCUACCAGCUACCGCACAGUGUAUGUGAUUUAAACACUAGAAAAAGCAAACGAAAAAGAAAAUGGCUAUUUCGUGGUCAAAUGAGGAGGUGCAGACUUUCCUCUCGCUGAUUGCAGAGGAGCGGAUCCAGCGAGAGCUCGAUGGGUCUGUGCGGAAUGAGAAAGUUUUUCAGGAAGUCGCGCAGCUCAUGGCCGCACACGGCUAUAAUCGCACCUACAAACAAUGUAGGGAAAAGUUGAAGAAAGUGAAAAGCGACUACCGAGCCAUAAAGGACCACAAUGGCAGGAGUGGGGUGAAUAGAAGAGUCUGGAAGUGGUUUGACCUAAUGGAUGCUAUAUAUGGAAGUAGACCGGUGAGCAAUGGGAGAGAAGGAGCCCUCGACACGGCCGAAAACACGCUGGAGGAUGAUUCAUUGUCUACGAUUGAUGCAUCAUCAAUUUUUUCUCAAAAUGAUGCAUCAAUCUCACAGAUUAACCUGGCACCGCAGACACCAGCACGACCGCAGACACCAGCACGACCGCAGACACCAACACGACCGCAGACACCAGCACGAUCGCAGACACCAGCACGAUCGCAGACACCAGCACGAUCGCCAGUGGCGGAACUAGAAUUUUUUUAAUGGGGUGGCCAGGGGGUGGCCAUAGCUACUUUAGGGGGUCCAUAGUCCAUAAAAGAAAAUGACAUGUAACCAUGUAUCAAGAAAGCAUAAAUGAAUCUUUUGAUCGCAUUAGAUUUGUUUUUACAUGUAAGGGCAAGCUUUCUAGGGCAUACAUUUUAGCACUAAUUUUUGGUUGCACAUUUUUACCUCUAAAUUUUGGUAUUUAUAUAUGCCUUAUGUAUAUAUGUCAGCUACACUUUUAAAUAAUAC